UGGGAGUCCCCUGACAGAUGCAGGCUUGGCCCUCCUCAACCCCGCUCUCUCCAUCCACCCCUCACUGGUGGCUCUGGAUCUAGGAGACUGCAUGCUGGGUGAUGAAGGCAUCAACCUUAUCUGUGGGCUCCUGCCGCCUGACGGGGCCAAGUCCGGCCUCAAAGAGCUGACGCUGAGCGCCAACCCAGGCGUCACAAGCAAAGGCUGGGGACGCCUUGCCAUUGCGGUGGCUCACAGCUCGCAGCUCCGCGUAUUGAACCUGGACUACAACCCCCUCGGUGACCAGGUAGCAGGGAUGCUCGCCGUCGCUGUGGCCUCCAGUCGAACCCUUGAAGUUCUGGACUUGGAGGGAACAGGACUUACCAACCAGUCAGCCCAGACCUUGCUGGACAUGGUAGAGAAUUACCCCACAGCCCUACGGACACUCAUCUUGGCAGAGAACAACAUUAGUCCCGAGCUGCAGCAGCAGAUCUCUGACCUGCUUUCAGAAGGCGAGGAAGAAGAGGAGACGGAGGUUCGUGAAGUCACAGCCAGAGAGAAGAACCCCUGGAUCUGCCAGAACAAUUCCACCUCCCAGAUGGUCCUGAUGACGUCAGGUCUUGGUGACAGCCUCUUAGCAGAAACAGAAAUGUAGCUGGGCUACCCUGCCUGCUUCUGCCAAGAAGAGCACUGUGCCCACUGGGGGAGUGUGCGUCCCCCAGCUCCUCUGCCUCAGGUGGGCUGUCCCCAGCUGUCUUCUCAAUGCAUUUCACAUCCUGUUGAUGCCUCCCUCGACUCUUGGAGCGCCGGAGCCUGAUCCGAGCGACUCUCUACACACGUUUCUGUGUUGUCACACGCCCCGUUGGCUGCUUGUGAUUGUCCAGUCGCUGCAUGUGUAGCUCACGCUGCCCUGCCUCUCCCCCCUCCCGCUGUCACCUCAACGCCCGGCUGUGCCCGCCAGGCACAGGCUGUAUUUAUUCAGAUGUGUAUAAGAGAUGUUCUUUCUAUCGCUUGUAUCGCUGUCACGAUGAGAGUUUUAUAAAGGUCACAGACGUGGCACCA